AUGGGGUGUGGAAAUGGUGAAGUAACGAUGUGUGGGGAUGGAGAUGAAGUUGGUUAUGAUGCUGUUGUUAUUGGGUCAGGGUAUGGUGGUGCUGUUGCCGCUUGUCGGUUAUCCAGGGCUGGAGUUGAAGUCUGUUUAAUUGAAAAAGGACGAAAAUGGGAAGCUCAGGACUUUCCAACUAACACUUUGAAGCUCAUUUCUGAACUAAGAAUGGAAAAUAGGAAUUUGGGUGUCAAUGUUGGCCCAAAAGAUGCUUUGUUUCAGUUACACGUACAAGAUGAUUCGGUAGCGGCUGUUUCCUGUGGUCUAGGUGGAGGCUCAUUUAUAAAUGCUGGAGUGAUGAUCCCAACUCCAGUUCGUGUAAGACGGAGCCCAAAAUGGCCAGAGGAAUGGGAGCAGGAUUGGGAUAUCUCUGAAGCAGCUGCUUCAUCUAUGUUGAGAGCCCAAAGUAUUCCAAAUGAAUUUGCAAAUGCCAAAGUCAUGAAGGAAAUAGUAGAAGAAGAAAUUGAAGAAUGUUACCCGAGUUUUUUCAAGCUAAGCAUAAACUUCAAUGCUGAAGAAUCACAAUCUUCGACGAAGAUGGGUAGCUGUUUAGCUUGUGGAAAUUGUCUGACGGGAUGUCCUUAUAAUGCCAAGAAUUCAACAGACAAGAAUUAUUUGGCUUUAGCAGUUCAGGCUGGUUGUAUAAUGAACACCGAAUGUGAGGCUCAAUUUUUAGUAAGAUAUUGGGAAGAAAGUAGCAAUGAGAUUAGCAGAAAACAAAAGCGUAGAUGGCGAGUUUACACUAAUGACAUCGAUUAUGUUACUGCUGAUUUCGUAAUUAUAUCAGCUGGAGUCUUCGGUACAGAAAAGCUUCUUUUUCAGUCAGAAAGAAGAGGACUGACAGUCUCGGAUCGUCUUGGUUACGGGUUCAGCUGUAAUGGGAAUAAUGUAGCUUAUCUUGCUGCUAGUGCAGCUCCACUGAAUGGUCAGGGAGUCAAUAAAGAGCAAUUCUCAAAAAUACCUUUUCAAGAUCGACCAGGACCAUCAAUUUCUUCAUCAUACACCUCUUCAUUGGGGUUCACCUUCCAGAGUGCAGUACUUCCUGCAGCUUUCCCAUCUCUGCUAUUCAAGGGAAUAACAACUUAUGGAUGGCCAACUGGUUACUGGUUCUUACAAGGUUUAUUAGACAAAACGAAGCACAUGAUGUGUGCAAAAGAUAGUCAAGAAAUGGUGCUUAAUGUUAUGGGACAUGACGAAUGUGAUGGGAGAAUUACACUUUGA